UUUGGCGUGCCAUCUGCAGCCUUCGCGAGGCCGGAGGAAUAGCUUCCCUGCCCUGCCCCCCAAAUAUGUCCUAGAUCCAUAUUCGGGAGCAUCGUCGAGACUCCGCCACGGUUUGGCAAAUGCGCUCCUUAGGGGGGAUACAAUGUGUGUAUGAGCACGUAGAUGUAUGCAUAUACAGGCAUAUAGGAAAGGAUCGCGUGGCUGUUCUGUGAGAUGUAGUAGGUAUGUGCCCAUAUAAGAUAGUUAUGAGAUCCUUCCCCCGGAUGGACCUCUGCUCUGUACUUUCUAGUCUGCGAACCAACUAGAAAACUCGUAUCACAAGAUGUUGUUAGCUAAUUCUUUCGUUGCCCUGGGCUGGGCCGCCGUGUGGGGUGCCGCCGCAGCGACGAUACCUUCGUCGGACAUCUCGGUGAGCGUGAGAGAUAUGCCCGGCGCCUCAUCAGCCUACACCCUCCAAGCUCUUGGGAGAUCCCUCCGAAGGCUCCAAUCCCAGAAGAGGGAUACGAUUUUUAAGAACAGCACGUCGUUGGAAAAGAGCUGGGAUGGCGCGACGCUGCUUAGCAUGACUACCCAGACUGAGAGCGCGGGCGUCAGCGUGGCAGGUGGUGUCGACAUCACCUGCACGACAUGUUAUAUCCGGGGUUUGGCGACGGCUGAGUUCUCAGUCGACAGCAAGUUCAACGUAUCCAACGCUGUCAGAAACUUCACCGGUGAAAUUCGCGAGGAGGUCCUGAACACCACCGAUGCGGCCAUCGACUACGUCCAGAGUUACUUCUCAGGCGUACUCGCCAAUCUCCAGGACGGGAUCGACUUGGACGACUUCGACUUCCCUCCCCUGGACAUCGACUUCAACGUCGACAUCCCCGACAUCCCUGAGUGCCGUCUAAAAUUCCAGUUCGACAACCUCGAGCUGUACAUGCUGGUUGACACCGUGCUCACUGCCGGGGCCACUUACAACCUAAACUUGUUCUCGUCUAACACGCCUAUCGGUGUCGCCGCGAAUAGCGACCUGUUCAUCGGGGUCAUCUUCUCGGUAGACUUGAUCCUGAGCGUCGACACCGAGAUCGACAUCAGCAGCGGCAUCCAUAUCCUGCUCGAAGACGGUGUUGGCCUCGACAUGGCCUUGUUCGGGAAGAAUGUCUCGAGCAUCACCUUCAACGGCGCUAACUUCGAGUUCUUGCCCGUGACGGUCGAGAGCGCGGGCGGUCUCAUCAAGGCGGUGCUGCGGAUCGGCGUGAACGCAGGCUUCGAGAUUGAGACGCCGCGCGUGACGAUUCCGAGCGUUGGCUUCGCGACCAAGGCUAGUGCUGGCGUCGCCGUCCGCGUGUGGGCUGACGUCGCCGAGUUCGCUACUAACAUCACUGCCGUACCCGACGCCGGCGACGGCGAGUGCGCCCUCGUCAUGGAGCAGACCUACCAGUUCGGCCUCGGCGCCGCCGCCGGCGCUACCCUCGCCAUCGGUGCUGAGACAUGGGGCCCUGCUCCCGAGACCAAUAUCCCCAUCUUCUAUACCACGAUCGCCGACCUCUGCGCGACAAAGGGCCGCGGCGUAGCCACAACGGCGGUGACGGCCUCAAGCGGCAGCACCACCGUCUCGGUAAGCGGCAGCGCCAGCGCCAGCGCCAGUGUUGACACCAAUGUGGCGGCUUCGAGCGGUAGCGGCGUGACAGCGCUGCCGAGCGCGGUGCUCACGGCGCGCGCCGAUGGCGACGGCGAGCUGACAACGACGACACUGACCAAGAAGGUGACAUUCGUCGGCAUCGCGUGCCUGACCACGGGACUCGUCAACUGCCCACUGUCCGCGCAAACGACAACCAAGGUCACCAGCACGCUGACGCACGUGACAGCCGUGCCAUCAGGCGCGGACGAGCCCGUGUUUCCGGAGUCCGUGGCGACUACGGUCGCCUCGCCCGUGCCCUUCGGCCCCGGCGCCGUAAAGGUCGCCGCGACGACUGGCGCGCCGGCUUCGUACGUACCGCCGCCCCCACCGGCAUCAUCUACCGAGGGAGACGGCGCUGCGGCGACGGCCGACGAAAUCACGUCGACCGACCAACCCCUCGGCACGGUCAACGGCGUCGACACUCGCCUCAUCAUCGGCUUGAGCGUCGGCCUCGGUGUCCCCGUGCUCGCGGGCAUCGCCUCUGUGAUAUAUUUCUACCGCGGGCGGAAGCGCUACGCGCCUGUAGCUAAAAUUGAGGACCCGACGCACCUGGGUGCGCCGCGGCCGUACGGCGGCGCCGGGAGACACUGAUAGGGUAGCAGUCACAGUGUGAUAUGGCUCGCUAACUAGCUGAGGGUGCUUUUUCGUAGAAGUGGGCUGGGAAUGGUGGUGUACCUGCGCGGUGGCGGCGUUCGGAUCUGCUUCAAAUACCGUUAUGAUACCAAAGCGUGAUAUAGUUGGUGAUCUAACCGUGGCCCUGUUUACCCGCAAGCAUACAUACGUAGCUUGACGUGUUCCCUCUCUUUUUUGUGCUGUUGGUGACCGGGCGGU